AUGGCGCAUCUCAGCAACGACGAGUUCCUCACCCGCCUCGAGCAGCUGUUUGCCUCGCGCAAGGACAAGGGCUCUGUCUUCCUCGUCCAGAAGCGCAUGACCUAUGAGCCCGAGGCGAGCACCUCCACAGCGGCUGCACCAGCAGCUGGUGACGACGUCGACAUGGACGCCCGACCAGACGACGCCGACCGCGAGUACCCUCUGCUCCUGCGCGCGACCGACGGCAAGUCCAACAAGGACGCCAAGACCAAGCUCUCGACCGUCGUCCUCCCCGCCAACCUCGACACCUUCCUCGAGCGCUACUCGUCGCUCCUCCGCACCGAGUUCGCCUCGGCCCUGCGCCCAAAGCGCAAGCGCGCCGACCUCGCCCGUGCGCGCGUCGUGCGCCAGCUCACGCGGCAGGCAAAGCUGCGCGCGCGCAAAGGCAGCGAGGGCGAGGGCGAGCCGUGGAUGGCGAGCAGCGAGACGAUCGAGGCUGAGGCGGCGAGGAGGGUCAAGGCGCUCGAGGCGAGGGCGAGGGCGGCCGCUGCGCCGGCAGCAGGGGCCGGGGCCGGAGCUGGAGCUGGAGCAGGGGCAGGGUCGAGGGGAAAGGGCGGAGCGAGCGCAGCGGCGGCAGCAGCGGGCCCAGGCGCGUUCCGCGUCGUGCUCCCCAAGGUGGUCGGCCCGCGGCGGGGCAACGGUGUCGAGCGCAGGCGCCGCGCCGAGAAGCGCCGCAACAAGGUAAGCUCUCAUGGCUAA